GUCGUUUUCAGUUGCUACGCCUGCAUUCGACACCGUCGUGUCACCGAAUUAAUGCCCGUGCCAGGAAGCCACUGGCACUACUGCCUUUUUACGACAUUUUAGGCAUUGGACUUGGCAGAAAAGGCCAAAAUGGAUUUCAAGCUGCCCAGAAAGGUGCUUUUUUUGCUUUGCUGGAUAUCACUGAUGGUGCAGGGCUUGCAGGUGACCAGCUCGGUUUUUGCGUCCGCGAGACUAAAGAACCAAAGCGCCACCGCGCUUGCGAGUCAUGGCGGGACAGAUCCCUCGACCAGCCAAUGUGGAGGUCACAAACACUGGGACAGUGUACCACGUCCAAGAAGAUGGCACCAAGGUCAUUGCAGGGUCCAGGCGACCAGAUGGAACCUACCGAAAGCCUGUGCGCGUGCGGGCAGGCUACACUCCUCUUGAGGAGAACUUGUACAAAGGUCCAGAGGUGCAGCAGCGAGCACAAGCAAGGGGAAUUCCUGGGCUAGGUCCUGUGGAGACGCAGCGCCCUUCAAGGAGUGGAUGCAUUCCCGGUAUGGCACCUGAAAAGGAGCCAAAGGCAAAGGCAAAGGCGCCUUCAACGCCCAAAGCAGAGGGAGAGAAGCCCAAAGCAAAGGCAGCCCCCAAAGCAGACGCCAAAGCAAAGGCUGCGCCAGCCGAGCCCGCUAAGCCAGAGAAUCGCUUGAGAAAUUUGCGUAAAAAGCUCGCAGAGAUCAACUCCUUGGAGGCCCUGUCAAGCGUCCCUUUUUUGGAGGGGUGUGAACGUGAUUCGGAUUCCUCAUUGUCGAGAUCCUGCUGGUUGUCGGCGUUGGCAGGAGCAGAAGCAAAAGAUCUCCCGGAAAGACGAAUUGCAAAAAGAGGUGGAAGAUUUGGAAAAGGAAAUCGCUGAACUUCACAUAUAGCCGAAAGAAAAUAAUUAAUGGG